GUCGGGCCCGGGAGUCUGGGGUGGGCUUCUGAGCUCUAGGCGCCAGAGCCCUGGAGCCUCGGGAACGCGCUCUCUUUUCUCUUUCUUCACCCCUCCAGCUUUUUCCUCUACUCCGCCACCCCCUCUUCCCACUUCCGCCUUGUGUCUCCGCAGAGGGCUGAAGUUACAGAGUUCGCAACAUGGAAGGAUUGGGUGAUACCUUUCCUCUCUUCCCUCAAUUUGUAUUUCAGAUUUGGGCACACACCCCUCCCAACGCACCCACUCCCAAAUUUCCUCUAGGGGCGUGGGAAUUCCUUGCCACGCCCAGAGCAUGACUUUGUGUCAAAUUUUUAUUUUCUGCCUCCUUGAUGGUGAGAUACAGAUCGUUGUCAUCGCUUUAUGGGCCCCUUCAGCCACCCGCUUCGGUGUUUGCAGUGGAAAGGGUUUCCUCUCAAUUUCCAGAGGGUUGGGGAGCAGAAGAGGGAAGGAAUCCCGCUUUUAAGAAAUACGUGUUUAAGGUUCAGCGCACUGUUCUGGUGAAAGUAAAAGGCAAGUUAGACCUAUAUUGAAAACAGCGCUUUAGGAGUUUCCAGCAAGUGCUGAUACAGCACGUGGACAAAUAUUUGGGGGUGGGAGGCACACCAACUACAGAAUAAAGUAGACUGUGAGAAACAGACUGUAUUAUUUUAUUAUUACAAACACGUGCAAAAAAUGCUCAGAGGUUAGUGGAAGGGAAUACUGAUGGGGGGUGCGGCAUGAUAUGUGGAAGGCCAAACCUAAUCCUGGAAGUUCUGAAGGCUUGAAACUGUCAUACAUCUUCCAGAGGAAUCCUGGGGAACCUGAUUUGAAAUCAAUUCUUGGAGAACACAAAGAAGUGUGGUGGUAUGUUCCAGGAUUGAACCAGCUGCCCUUUGACCCUGCCAACAACAACGAGCCCCUGCAGUUUGGUAGUGCCAGUGGCCCUCUGGUCACAGAAGGCCUCAUUGAGAAUGGAGGGGAGUCAAGCAAGAAAAGAAAGAGAACAAAUGCUCCUUCAGCUGAUAAAAGUAGAACUCUGAAUGUGGAUUCCACUGCAAUGACACUGCCUAUGUCUGAUCCAACUGCAUGGGCCACAGCAAUGAAUAAUCUUGGAAUGACACCACUGGGAAUUGCUGGACAACCAAUUUUACCUGACUUUGAUCCUGCUCUUGGAAUGAUGACUGGAAUUCCACCAAUAACUCCAAUGAUGCCUGGCUUGGGAAUAGUACCUCCUCCAAUUCCACCAGAUAUGCCAGUAGUAAAAGAGAUAAUACAUUGUAAAAGCUGCACCCUCUUCCCUCCAAAUCCAAAUCUUCCACCUCCUGCAACCCGAGAACGACCACCAGGAUGCAAAACAGUAUUUGUGGGUGGCCUGCCUGAAAAUGGGACAGAGCAGAUCAUCGUGGAAGUGUUCGAACAGUGUGGAGAGAUCAUUGCUAUUCGGAAGAGCAAAAAGAACUUUUGUCAUAUUCGCUUUGCUGAAGAGUACAUGGUGGACAAAGCCCUUUAUCUUUCUGGUUACCGUAUUCGCCUGGGCUCCAGCACUGACAAGAAGGACACAGGCCGACUCCAUGUUGAUUUUGCACAGGCUCGAGAUGACCUGUAUGAGUGGGAAUGCAAACAGCGUAUGCUAGCAAGGGAGGAGCGCCACCGUAGGAGGAUGGAAGAAGAAAGAUUACGCCCACCUUCCCCACCCCCAGUGGUCCACUAUUCAGAUCAUGAAUGCAGCAUUGUUGCUGAAAAACUGAAAGAUGAUUCCAAAUUCUCAGAAGCCGUGCAGACCUUGCUCACCUGGAUUGAACGAGGAGAGGUAAACCGUCGCAGUGCCAACAACUUCUACUCCAUGAUCCAGUCAGCCAACAGCCACGUCCGCCGCCUGGUGAAUGAGAAAGCCACCCAUGAGAAAGACAUGGAAGAAGCCAAGGAGAAGUUCAAGCAGGCCCUUUCUGGAAUUCUCAUUCAAUUUGAGCAGAUAGUAGCUGUGUACCAUUCUGCCUCCAAACAGAAGGCUUGGGACCACUUCACAAAAGCUCAGCGGAAAAACAUCAGUGUUUGGUGCAAACAAGCUGAGGAAAUUCGCAACAUACAUAAUGAUGAAUUAAUGGGAAUCAGGCGAGAAGAAGAAAUGGAGAUGUCUGAUGAUGAAAUAGAAGAAACAACAGAAACAAAAGAAACUGAGGAAUCAGCCUUAGUAUCACAGGCAGAAGCACUGAAGGAAGAAAAUGACAGCCUCCGUUGGCAGCUCGAUGCCUAUCGGAAUGAGGUAGAACUGCUCAAGCAAGAACAAGGCAAAGCCCACAGAGAAGAUGACCCAAACAAGGAACAGCAGCUGAAACUCCUGCAACAAGCCUUGCAAGGAAUGCAACAGCAUCUACUCAAAGUUCAAGAGGAAUACAAAAGGAAAGAAGCUGAACUUGAAAAAAUCAAAGAUGACAAGUUACAGGUGGAAAAAAUGUUGGAAAAUCUUAAAGAAAAGGAAAGCUGUGCUUCUAGACUGUGUGCAUCGAGCGAGGAUAGUGACUACCCUCUUGAGAAGACCCUGAACAGCAGUCCAAUCAAAUCGGAACGUGAAGCACUGCUAGUGGGGAUUAUCUCCACAUUCCUUCAUGUCCACCCAUUUGGAGCAAGCAUUGAAUACAUCUGUUCCUACUUGCACCGUCUAGAUAAUAAGAUCUGCACCAGUGACGUGGAAUGUCUCAUGAGCAGACUCCAGCACACCUUCAAGCAGGAAAUGACUGGAGUUGGAGCCAGUCUGGAGAAGAGAUGGAAAUUCUGUGGCUUUGAAGGCUUGAAAUUGACCUGAAUUCCUUUACCUAACAACCUGGGAUCCUGAAAAUAAAUGUGUGUUGGACAAGCUUAAAAAGUGAUUUGUAUUCUCAAUGGUUUUCAAGUGGAAAUUGCUUUAAAUUUGUCAGUUCAUUCCUCGAAUAUCUUUUCAGUUAAAAUAAGGAUCCUAGAGCAGCUCCUCAAGCUAUAGGCCCAAAAAAGAAAUUGACUCAAACCUCAAGUGCUGUAACUUUUCCUUUCCUGUCAAUUGGUUGUCUCUUUUUUAUUGGUAGUAUUGAAAAAGGCCUGAGGCUAAAGAGUAUUUGGGGUAUUUUCUGUGUCUGUAUUACUGUUGUAGAAUUUGGUAUUUUUUUAAACAUUGUUAAUUGAAAUGUUUUGAUGAUUUGUAUGUGAUUUGUGUUUCAAAACUUCUCUUCACAUUAAUGUUGCUCCUGGUGAGAGAAAUGAAAGGAGCACCAAGUACUCCAUACUGAAAUCGUGUUUCCAAUCCCCAGAAGGCCAGUAAAUGAAUAACACAUCAGCGUCUUCUAGAAGGUGCUUGACCGGGUUUAAAAGACAAAGCAUGGUUUGUGGCUUUUGCAAAUUACUGUGAACCAAAAGUUGACAAAUUUUCCAAAGUUAUUUUCUCUAAUAUAUCAGAUGAAAGGUUUAUUUCAGGAUUUUUGAAAAAUAUUGGUGUAUUCACAGAAAGCAAGUGUCCAGUGUGACUGGUAUGUGUACACGCUAUUCAGCAUCACCUUGUAAAUAGUAUGCUUUUAAAGGAGGGCAUGUUUAGUUUUCUGUGAAUCAAAACACAUGUGUGCAUAUGUGUGCCUACUCACACACAUGCACACACAUUAGCAGAAGGGAUUUGUUUUAAUAUGCUUUCCUCUCUGGCCUUCUUACAAAAUCUGUUGGUCCCUUUUCUUCUGCUGUCAGUGUGCUGAAUUGCAAACCAUGUACUGCUGUAAGUAACUGUUUACUUCAUCUGAAUGUUUGCAAAGAGUUGAUAGAAGUUAAUAGAGAAGUCCUGGUAAUGAAUAAAUGGGCCAGGGUGUGUGAGGCUUCCUGCAAAUAGGUCAUCCCCACCCAGAAUGCUGAUUGCCAGGGGCACCUCCAGUUAUAUGGUGUCCAUCAGCACAUACAGUGGCAGAGGUACGUGGACCAGUUAGGAUGUACCUGGUUGAUGGAAAAGAAAAGGGAAGAAUGAGCAUUGGGGGGCUAAUAUCCUGAGGCAGAGAUGAUCCUUUCUUCUGUGGUGUUGGUGGUGCUUUAACAGCACAAGCAUGCCCUUCCUGGAGUCUUGAUUCAAAAUAAGAGAAUGUAAUAAGUAAGUAAAGCCAAUGAAGAGUAUUUCAGGAAAAUACUUUGUAAACGAGAUGUCAGUAGUGUUCAAAGUUGUAUUUUUAAAACAUAAAUAUUCCUUUUUUAUACCUCA